UGGCUUGUCUUCGAACAGAGACCAUAGCGCAAACCGGUUGAGAUAACAGCAUCCACUGCUGUUAUUUAGCCUUCAAAUCUCAAUGAACUGUCUGUUAAGAAAGCACUGAUCCUGCCUGCAGCUUUUGCAAGGCAAAGGCAUUGAUCAGUGUAACAAUAUUACACUUUCCCUUAUGAGAUUAUUUUCAUAGGCUUUUAAUACUAGCUGUUUGUAACAUAAUUUCAUACAACCAUGGUGCUAGGGAAGGUGAAGAGCUUCACUGUAAGCUACGACUGUCUGAAUGACAGCAACGUCCCCGUUUUCUCGAGCGGGGAUUCGGUCUCAGGAAGGGUGAUAAUCGAAGUCACCGGAGAAAUCCGCGUGAAAUCUCUCAACAUUCACGCCAAAGGAUUUGCAAAAGUUCGUUGGACUGAAUCACGAAAUGCUGGAUCCAAUACUGCCUACACUCAGAAUUACACUGAAGAAGUGGAAUACUUAAACCAUAAAGACAUCUUAAUUGGACACGAAAGAGAUGAGGAUAACUCAGAAGAGAGUCUGACCACUAUCCAUUCAGGAAGACACGAGUAUGCAUUUAGUUUUGAGCUUCCACAAACACCUCUGGCUACCUCCUUUGAAGGCAAGCACGGGAGUGUGCGGUACUGGGUGAAAGCUGAACUGCACAGACCCUGGCUGCUGCCCAUGAAAGUGAAAAAGGAAUUCACAGUCUUUGAACACAUCGACAUCAACACUCCUCUGUUACUGUCUCCCCAGGCGGGCACAAAAGACAAGACUCUGUGUUGCUGGUUCUGUACCUCAGGCCCAAUCUCCUUAAGUGCCAAAAUUGAAAGGAAGGGUUAUACCCCAGGGGAAUCCAUUCAGAUCUUUGCUGAGAUUGAGAACUGCUCGUCCCGAAUGGUCGUGCCAAAGGCAGCCAUUUACCAAACACAGACCUUCUACGCCAAAGGGAAGAUGAAGGAGGUGAAGCAGCUGGUUGCCAACCUGCGGGGCGAGUCUUUGUCAUCCGGCAAAACGGAGACGUGGAGCGGGAAGAUGCUGAAGAUCCCCCCGGUGUCCCCCUCCAUCCUGGACUGCAGCAUCAUCCGCGUGGAGUACUCCCUGAUGGUGUACGUGGACAUCCCGGGAGCCAUGAACCUGUCCCUCAACCUUCCGCUGGUCAUCGGCACCAUCCCCCUCCACCCGUUCGGCAGCCGCACCUCCUCCGUCAGCAGCCAGUGCAGCAUGACCAUGAACUGGCUGGGCAUGGCCUUGCCGGAGAGACCUGAAGCCCCUCCAAGCUAUGCAGAGAUUGUCACGGAGGAGCAGAGGCGGAGCGGCCAGGAGCUGUCUGCUGCUCGGGACGAUUUUGACGGACCACUGUUCGCCUACAUUCAAGAGUUCCGCUUCCAGCCUCCUCCACUCUACUCGGAGAUUGAUCCAAAUCCAGAUCAAGUCAGCGGAACUGAAGAAAGAAGGCCCGACACCUGUCCAUCACGCUGAAGGACACGCCCACCACCUGCCCAGGGCACAUGGGUCUCUUUCAUUUGGUUUUUUCCCCACGAUGGCGUCUGCACCCUGCUGCCAACGUUGAGAGAAAACAAAUUCAUAAAUGAAUACCACAAGGCAGACAAGGCUCUCCCCCAGAGACGCACAGGAAGUGUCUGACGGGUCACUUCCUGCCUGCCCAGGUCAGACAAAAACAAAUAUAACCUGUGAGAAAUCCUGUAGACGCCUCUGCCUGAAUGAGAUGCCAGGCUUCUGCUUGUCAAGAAUGAUUUUUCUUUCUGGCUUUUUCUGUAACCGUGGCACAUACGUGACUCUUAAUGGACCGGAGCCAUCAUGUGGAAAACUGUGCUGAAACACAGGAAAGAAAAGACGAUUUUAAAAAAGAACAUCUGUAGCACUCAACAGCAGUCGACUACGGAGCAAAGACUACACGCCUCCUGCCUCAUUUGGAAUUUUGCACAUAUUAUUCUUUGCUUGUGUUGUGUGGUUCUGCUUUCAAAAUCACUAAUUAUCAUUUUCGCCACUUGUAUGCAUUGGGCUGAGAGACUGCAGGCUUUAUUCCUACCUAACUCCUUAUCCGCACAACUAUGAACAAUGCAGAGAACAGAAUCUAAGAAGAAAAAAGAAAGUGAAAAGGAAAAAAAAAUUGAUGCACUGACUUUCAUGAAGCUUUUCAGAUUUUUUUUUUUGUUUUUAAGUUUCCUUAACAACAAAUAGCCUGGACCCUGCUUAGCACACAUUCACGUUCCUCAGGCUUCUCUGACUUAGCCUCAUAAGCUUUGUAUCUCAGUGUGGCUUCUCUUUAUUUCCUUGCAGGGCGUUUUUUUUGUGUUCCAAACAUAGAAUACCUUGGAGUCAGUCUUUGUUUUGUUUGUUUGUUUUAUUCGCUGUGAGGCCUCUUUAGCAGAACAGCAACAGGCGAGGAGCACACGACGCUCACAUGCGUCUGACGGAGAGCGCGCCGUGAUAGACGCGUGACAGGGGCGGGGCCGGGGGUGGGGCCUAGGGCCCGGGGGAGGCAGGAACAGCGGCGCAAUAUGGACCGAGGCGUUCGUUGCCUUUUCUGCGGGCACCACAGACGUAGCGCUGUGUCACAUACAUAACUGCCUAAAAGCACUCAAUCUCAGGUGAUCUUCUCACUUGCCAAACGGUUAGAAACAUCCUGCGUUUCCUUUUAAUCACACUGUUUGAAAUAGUGAAAGGAAGAAAAAAGUAUAGCAGGCAAACAAAAUCAAGGCGGGGGGCAUGUACAGAGAUGCAAGGCAGCUCUCAAGAGACUAAAGACCUUCCCUUUUUGUCCUGCUGCACUUGCGGAAUCCAUUGACCAACGUUUCCAGUCCAAUGAAGCCAAAAAAAUGAGAAAAAAAAAAAAGAGAUGGGACAAAGUCACAGCAGCUGAGAAAGGCACAAACACCAACGCGGCCUGAUAGAACGCUGUAGAGAACUCGAACCCUGCCAAACCAUGCCUCAAACUGGCCAGAACAAGUAGUUACGUGUUUAAAUGAGUAAUACAUUGGUUUUCAAACUCAUUUAAUAGUAGAGGCCCAGCAAGAGCAUGGUUUCAGCAGUUUAGCCUUAACUGAAGAAAAGCACUUUUUUAAAAAAAUAAUAAUAAUAAGGUGAAGGACUGGAAAACAUCUGUUAAAUCACGUUUCCCCAAUUAUAUGAUCCCACUAAUUAAGCAGUGUUAGAAAAAAACACAUUAAUCUGAUAAGACUAUACAUAGUAUUAUAAAAGUUUACAGUUAAUAGCUUCACGCUAUCUUGCGUGUUCGUGUGUGCGCAUGUGUUUUGAACCAGCAAGCAACUAUGAGAAUACUGCUUUCUGUCAACAUAACCAAUGGAUUUCUAAUAAAAGAAGUGAUCUUAUCUUAGUGGCCUUGACAAAGAACUGACCUGAUUCUAAUUUUUCUUGAAGGAGUGCUUCAUAUCUUUAGGUUUUGCUGAAUGUUUUUAUGAGACUUGUGUCAUUUUUUUCAAUGGGACAAAAAGGGAAAAACUUACAGUCCUACAAAGCAAGUUUCAAAAUAAUGAUCCCUGAAUGAGAUUGCGACACGAGUUGUCAGAUUAAUAUUAGAUUUCAGUGAAGAACUUGAUUUGUCAAGUUCAGUUGAUUUCAAUGACUGAGAUAGUUGAUAACAUGGGCAUUUGCUUGGUUGUUUUUUUUUCUUUCCUCUUAAACUUUGGGAACAAUGGCUGUGUUUCUUAAACAUCCACCUUUGAUGGAGCAAGGAAAGCAGCCAGCAAUGGAAUCGAGAGCGAUUCCAAUGACAAAGUGACCCUUUCCACUUCUGUGUUUAUGUUCAUGGGUUCUUGACGUGGUUUUUCACUGGCCAAAAAAGGAUUUAAAGCAAAUGGAAAAAGCUAAAAUUAGUUUCGCUUAUUAGAAACAAAUAUUUUGUUUCACGUUGGUCAGUUCUAUGGUCCAUAGCAUGGGCUUCCGUUAUAGUCAAGUGUUAUUAAAGCUAAUCUCCUGAGCUCCAUGUCAGGAACCAAAAUGUUUAAAAUGGGAGUGGGGAUCCGAAAUGUUUUAGAAACAAAGUGCAAUAUUACUUGUUCGAU